AUGUCAGAUAUAACAUGUUCUGCAACCUGUUAUCCUGACAAGUGUAGUUUCUCGUGGACGAAGUCGGGAAAUGAAGUCAGCAAUUCGAGUGUGCUGUCACUCGGGUCCGCUCACAGAAACCAGGCUGGUAACUACGUAUGUACUGCCAAGAAUCCAGGAACAAUAGAAACUGCAAGCAGUGCGAUAAUUGUGGUAGAGAUUGCAUAUGGUCCUGAGGACAUUACCCUGUCACCAGAUAUUAAAUCCUACACGUUCAAUGAGGGACAAACACUUCAUAACAUAACGUGUUCUGCAAAAUGUGUCCCUGAGUGUACAUUUUCGUGGAAAAGAUCGUCAACCGUUAUAAUAAACAGUAACUUACUGUCACUGGGUUAUGUUAAGAGAGGUGACACAGGAAUCUAUGAAUGUUCUGCAAGGAAUCCAAGAUCAGGACAGAUCGUAAACAGUCAAACAGUCGAGAUUUUGAUUAGAUAUGGUCCUGACAUGGUCACACUUUCGCCGAAUCAGUUGUCGUUCACCAAUAAUGAGGGACAAUUGAUGUCCGACAUUCGAUGUUCGGCCAGCUGUGUCCCAGUUUGCACUUACAUAUGGAGAAAGUCAGAUAUCCUUGUCAGCGACAACAAUGUUCUGUCACUUGGCUCUCUCAACAGGGGCGAAGAUGGAAGUUACGCAUGCACUGCCACAAAUCCAGAAUUGAAUGUGACGACUGAGAGUCCCAUUGUUGUAAUUGAGAUAAGAAUUGGUCCCGAUUCCGUGUCGCUAUCACCACCAACUCUUAACUACCAAAUGACAGAAGGUCAAGUUCUUAAUAACAUCACGUGUUCGGCUCGAUGUGUACCAGACGCGUGUUUAUACACGUGGUCGAAAUCAGGCGCCGUUAUCGUGAAUGGUUUCGUGUUAUCCAUUGGUUCGUUCGAAUUUGGGGAGGCGGGAAGCUAUGUUUGUACUGCCAAAAACCCCGGAUCUGGGGUGGCGGUUACCAGUCAUAGUGUCCUCAUUGAAUCUAAAGAGGCAGCGACGACGCUAACAGAUCCAGAAACAAGGCAACAGACGACUACCAUCAUUGUUGGCGCGGUGAUGGGCGGAUGCGUUGCUAUAGUAUUAGUUGUACUCCUGAUGCUUAGAAGACGACACGUGAUUUGUAAAUGCAAUUGUGUUAAGACAGACUCUUCACCUGAUGGCAUUGACCUUCCUGACACUCCAUCCAAAACGAGGACGACGGAUCAAUCUGAACAACAUACCCAGAUGUCUGAGAUUGAAAAUACCCAGCACACGUAUGAGCAAAUAGGUAGAAACAUCUGAAGUCAACAAUGACUAUCAUGGCUUGUAAUGGGACGUAUUCUCGUAUGCAACUAGGACACUCUAAGCGAUGUUGCAAAGAUGGAAAUAACACAUUAAACAUAAUUAUCUUUAUCUACACAUACCAAUAAACAUUUUAUAUUUCUUUCAUUUAUAUUUUUGAAUGUAACUGAUAUGUAUGCGAUGUAAAAUUUACCGUGAAAGGUCAAUGGUCACAUGCUAUAAGUGUCAACGAUUGAAUUGCUACCCGUGAUUGCAAUCUUACUAUGAUUUAGUGUGAGUGAUUUGAACGCUAACCCUGAUUAUAAAUGGGCACUUAUUUGGAUUAAGUAUUAAUUAUUUUAACUAUAACCCUGAUUGCAAUGAACCCUUGCUAUGAUUUAGUAUUAGUAAUUUGAACGCUUAACCUCAUUAUAUUGAGUGUUUAUUGUGAUUUACAAUGUCAGCUGUGUGCAAGAAAAUAGUGUAGUUAUUGUAAGUUUUCGUUGUCAAAAUCCCACAAUAGCAGUUUCUUUCUUUCAGAUUAAAUGCUUAUUACACUUUGUGUAUUUUUUUUGAACAUGCAUUAUAACAUAAAGGAUACGACGCAACGUGUGUUGAUGUCUAUAUUAUACAGUUAUAAUCUCCUUAUACCCUUUUUAAGGUUUUGUUUACAGAAGCAGUCCAGUUUACUCUCCCGAUCAUUAAAAACAUAUAACAAUGCCUAGUGUAUCUGUGAAUAUGCAGAUGUUUACGCCAAUAUCUAAGACGUUAAGCAUGGUAUUCUACACAGUCUGGAAGCCUGCAAUACUCUCCAUUGUCAUAGCAUUAUUUGUAUAUUGAUUAACUCCGUAAUUCUGCAUGCAAUAUUGCAAAGGUGCAUUCUCAAUAAUACGGGGGAUUUCAAAGCCCUAAACAUCCGCACAAUACAUCAAAGAAUGCUGUCUGGAAAAACAAAUAUGUCUCGCACUGAAUUAAAUAUGUUGCAUAACAAGGGCAAAAUGUGGCAAAUAUUAUCAUCAUUCUGUAUUUUACAC